UUCUCAAUCUUCACAACCCCUUCUUAAACCUCUCCUUCCCACAACUCCAUUUUCCAUUGCACUUGUGAAUUGUCUCUCUGACUCUCCCAACCUCAAUCAAUGUCUAUCACUGAAGACCCAGCUGCUGAGUUCCACCCAACAAAAACCCAUUCCCAAUCAUUAUCCAAACGGGCCUCCAACUCCACCACCACCACCACCACCACCACCGCCCGUCAACACGACACUCCGUUUCGAGGAGUGCGUAAAAGGAGCUGGGGCCGUUACGUCUCCGAGAUUCGCUUGCCAGGCAAGAAGACUCGGGUUUGGCUCGGCUCAUUCGGAUCCCCCGAGAUGGCGGCUAGAGCUUACGACUCCGCCGCAUUCUACCUGAAAGGAAACUCCGCCAGCCUCAACUUCCCUGACUUGGCUGAGUCGCUUCCCAGGCCCGAGUCGAGCUCCAGGAGAGAUAUUCAAUCGGCGGCGGCUAAAGCAGCUCUUCAGCCCAAAGAGAGCCGCUCUAUUGUAAAUUCGAGCCGCGAGAGCGUUUCACGGGAGCUAACGGAUUUGAGCACGGAGUAUUGGUGGGGUCUUGAUUUUGAAGGUGGAACGGUGUCGUUUGACGAAGUGAAAGAGGCUCCCCUGCUGAGUCCGUUUAGGUUUGACUCCGUCAGUGGAGAGAUGUGCGAGGUGGGCCAGUUUAUGGAUGAUGGUGACUUGUUUUUGCAAUCUUGUUUAUAGAUGUAGAAAUGAACCGUGAAUAUACCCUUCCUUUAAAAAGCUGAAGGAAAAAGGACUUGUAAAAAUGAUCCCUUGUUCAAUAUUAUUUUAGUUUGGAUUUGGGUUUAUACACCAUCUUAUGUUUAGACAACUCUGAUUUUGUUUUGAUCAGAAGGACAAAAAAAAAACAAAAAAAAACUUUAAUUUGGGUUGAAGCCAGGAAUGUUGAGUUAUAACCCAAGUUGACUUUGGUCCAAAUUCAAUAAUUUAUUUAAUUGAA